CAUGUACACGUGGUGCAGACGACGACAUGGGUUUGUUUAUCCCACGGACAACAGGAUGUUACCUUUCCUCAGUGGAGUCUAGCAGACGAUGAGAUUCGUACGGCAGGAUCGAUACCAUUAGCGUCACACGUGUCAGUGGCGAUUACAGAUAGCCACAAGAUGAUGUUGGGGUGUCUGGUGUGUUUCUGCCGCCACAUCAAGAGAAAGGUGACGUCACGGUGCCUGAUCGGAGGGAUUAUCCUGCUCUGCAUCACGUUCGCGGUGAUCCGGUCCAAAUAUAAUUUUGGUGUCAGCGAUAUGCCUGGCCAAGAGAUGGAAGCUGUUCACGAUCAUAUACAGCAACGGCACCAGUCUAGGAACUCCCUCAACUUCGACGACGUCAUCAACGCCACCUACCACGACCUUGACCGCCUGCGGGAGGAGCAGCAGACGCGCACGCAGCACCUGCACGCCCAGUGCGACCUGCUGCACAACACGACGCGCGGCCUGUCCAGCGAGGACUGGGCCUACGGUCGUAUCGAGGUGGAUCACACCCAGCACUACCUGUACUGCCCCCUCCUCAAGGUCGGCUCCACCUUCUUCAGGCGGGUCUUCUACACGAUGCGGCAGGGGCGGCGACUAGUCAACCCCUACCUCGUCCCCAUCAACAAGGCCUUAGCCGCUAAAAGAAACGUAUUGACCCAAAUUCUACCUCUUACUUCACCUGAAACAACCGCUUUCCUGAAUAACGCAACAUCCAUUAUAUUCGUUCGGGAACCUUUUUCUAGAAUAUUAUCUGGAUAUGUGGAUAAAUUAUUCGCCCCGAAUCCGUAUUUUUGGUCGCAGAUUGGAAAAUACGUCGUGUCAAAAUUUCGCCCGGAAGCGAAAAGAAAAGACCUGGUUUGCGGAAGUGACGUCACGUUUGAAGAGUUCAUAAGUUAUUUGAUAGACGGGGAGCUGACCAACAGCUCGCACCGUGACGCGCAUUUUACCCCCGCGUACGACCAGUGCAAACCUUGUCACCUGAACUACACCGUGGUGGGGAAGAUGGAAACUUUCCAGACGGACGUAUCCUACACACUCGCCCAACUCGGCUUCAACGUGAGUAAAGAAAAACUCAGCCAAUGGUCGAACGACGCGACACACGACGCUAUUCUAGACUCAAUCGUCAGCCCGUUCGGCUGGCGAAGCAUGGUCAGGAAGUGCAUGUCUUGGUACGAGGGCUUGAAACGGAUUUGGCGGAAAAUUCAAAUUCGGGGGAUUAUAUCGAUGGAGGAAAAAUUCCCAUGGUCGCGAGAUUUCAGUGAAAGGUCUGUGACCAUCCGGAUGUUUACAGACCGAGUUAAAAAACUGCAUGCACAAACCGACAAAACAAAACUUAAGAAGCAGAGAAAGGAGGUUGUCAUUGAAGCGUUCAGCCGGAUUAAACAGGAGGAUUUGAAGAAACUGGUGGAAAUGUUCCGGCCAGAUUUUCAGUUGUUCGAGUAUGACACUCGCCCUGACUUUAUAUUCAGCGAGGAGAUCGUCAAACCAUUCCGACAGAAAAAUAAUUUAUUUAAUGUUUUCAAUGUUUAAUUUUUUUGUU